AUGCCAAAAGUAAAGCAACUCUAUGGACUUUCCUAAAUUAGUGCCAUAAGCAAAUCACCAAAGAAUAAUACUAAUAGAUUAAAUGGUUCUCAAACUUAGCCUGCAAGUAACAGGAUGAAUUUACAAUAUGAUGCAGAAUGUGAAAGAAAAGAUUGUAUGAUGAUUAAAUGGAAUGGAAUACAAAUGUAACAUUAACUCUAACUUCUUCAAAAAGAAUUGGAUAAAUAUAAAUCACUUUAUGUGAAGGAAAGGAAAAAAAUAGCAGACACAUAUAAGGAAAUAGAGGAAAUAAUGAAUGCUAUCACAAAAAAGGAGAAGGAGCUGAAGAAAAAGGAGACUUAAUUAGCAGAACUGGAAUAAUAAUUGUAAUGUUAAAAUUAAUAAAAUGAUUCUCUGAGUUAAUCUUUAAAAGUCUUGAAUAAAUAACUAACAGAAAGGGAGUCUCAAUUACAAUAAUAGGAAAGCAAUUUGAAUAUUUAAACCAAGAAUUAGAAUGCGUUAAUAGAUGAUUUAAAUAAUCUAAAGAGCAAUUUAGAAUCAUCAGUUAAGUUUUUGGAAUAAAAGGAAUCGCAAUUAUUUGCUAAUCUAUAAGACUUAAAUUAACAAGAGUAAGACACUAUGAAAAGGGUGGAUCACAUUAAUUAAUUUCUGAAGAAUUCUAAUGAUCAUUAAUCAUUAAUGCAAUCGAUAGAAUAACUCUUUAGAGAGAAAACGAAAAGUAUCGAAAAUGUCAAGGAAUCAGUGUUAUAGAGACAAGAAGAACUAUAAUACUAUGAAUAAUAAUUGUAAUUAAGAAGUGUGUGUGCCUCUGCUAAUGAAGCAGCCUUUAUGAAAAGAGUAGCCCAAACAGAAAGAAUGAAUUAGAAGACACCUACUUAAGAGUCGAAUAAAAAAGGAGUAAUGAGAUUUACUAAUAGCAAUAAUCACAAUGGCUAUUCCAACUAGAACACCAAUACCAUAUUUGACCACUAAUUGUAUUCUACUUUAUGCAGUCGAGAAAAUAGUCCUAUUUCGAAUAAGGAAUCAUUUAAAUUAAUAAAGAAACCCUACUUACAGCACUAGAUGCCAAUGACCGAAAUCAAUAAUUUUGAUAUAAAAAUUUGA